AUGCAUCGUUCGCAUACAAACUUAGUUCCUGUUACCAAUAAAUAUCUGGCACAUAAAAAAUUUGUUAAAGAUCAAGAAGAACAUAAACUAAAUCUUCAAAAUAUACAUAGUUUAUUAGAUCAUUCAUCACCUACUCCUCGUCCACAUUUAACUCAACGUGUUCGACAAAAACAGAAUCGAGAAUAUGAAUUAGAAAUAAUUCACAAUGAAAAUGAUCGUCUUCGCACAAGAAUGAUGCGAAAUGGAGCAUUUACUAAUUCUCAUAAUAAUUAUGUAACACGCAGUUUAAAUAUAAAAGAACGAAAUCGUGAAGAAUCACAACAUAAAAAUACAUAUGAGCGGCUUCAAAAACAAAUUCAUCACGUUAAAUCAACUUACUCAAUACGAAAAUCUCAAAAUGAUUAUGCUAAACAACAAGAUUUUAAACGACAAAUAACUCGAUUUCCACCUAUAAAAAAAUAA